CUUGUUCACUUCUUGAUGCUACAAGAUGUUCCUCAGGUUCGUGUCUCUCCUGCCAGCCUCACGUUUCCCACAGGCACCGAAGGUUCCAAAUCUUCACCUCUAGUUCAAAAAUCAUCAACUACCGUUCAGAAAUCGUCCCCAGCUCGGAAAUCAUCUUCAGUGGUUCAGAAAUCGCCAUCCCCUGCUCAGAAAUCAUCAUUGGGGGUUCAGAAGUCAUCAUCAGGGGUUCAGAAAUCAUCGGUGGCUCAGAAAUCAUCAUCAGGGAUUCAGAAAUCCUCUGCUCUACGACGCUCUCCUCCCCCGGCUCCUCUCUCUCGCAAAUAUCCUAGACAUGACCUACAGAAGUACGCUGGGUUUGAGCUCAAGUGUGCCCAGAUUCGCCUGACUCCCACUGACCUGCCCAAGAGAACACCCAAGCCCAAGCCUGCAUCUCCGCCCUCACACAGUCGCAAGUACUCACGACGCGACCUGCUGGCUGCUGCUCACUUGGUCCGCAAGGGAGACCUGGGCAUCACAGCAGCUGCCCAUGCUUUCAACAUACCGCGAACGACUCUCUUCAGAGCUUCUAAGAGGACAGACAUACCAUGCCCAGUGAAGCAGGAGGUAGAGGAGUCACCCAGUAAACCUGUCAAUAAGAACUCUGAAGCAAAGUUGAAGGUUGUAAAGGAGGAAGUUGAUGAAUCUGACAGUAGAGACAAUGCCACAAAGAACAAUGAAUGAAAGGAAGGAAGUGUUAUGAAGUAGUGGACCACCACCUGGUCCACUCCACCACCUGGUCUACUCCACCAUCUGGUCCACUCCGCUACCUGGUCCAUUCUACUACUUGGUCCACUCCACUACCUGCCCACUAAACCUGGUCCACUCUACUACCUAGUGCACCCCACUACCUGACUUACUCCACUACCUGGCCCACUCCACUACCUGGCCCACUCCACUACCUGGCCCACUCCACUACCUGGCCCACUCCACUACCUGGCCCACUCUGCUACCUGGUCCACUUCACUACUUGGUCCACUCUACUAACUGGCCCACUCCACUGCCUGUCCCACUCCACUACCUGGCCCACUCCACUACUUGACCCUCUCUACCACCUUGUAUACUGCAAUACCUCCUCCACUCACUGUCUGGACGUGUGGACAAUAUAUGGCAACAGACCAACACUGGUGGUCAACACCACCACUGUCUAGUUGUGUGGACAAUAUAUAACAACAGAGCAACACUGGUGGCCACCACCACCACUGUCUGGUCGUGUGGACAAUAUAUAACAACAGAGCAACAUUGGUGGCCACCACCACCACCACUGUCUGGUCGUGUGGACAAUAUACGUAUAACAACAGAGCAACACUGGUGGCCACAACCACCACUGUCUGGUCGUGUGGACAAUAUAUAACAACAGAGCAACACUGGUGGCCACCACCACCACUGUCUGGUCGUGUGGACAAUAUAUAACAACAGAGCAACACUGGUGGCCACCACCACCACUGUCUGGUCGUGUGGACAAUAUAUAACAACAGAGCAACACUGGUGGCCACCACCACCUCGACUCGACAUAUCUCAACUAACUGCUGCUGUAACUCUAGUGUCAUUAAUUAUGACCUCUGCUUGUAAUUCAAGAUUACCUUUACUAGUUAUAUUAUCUUACCUUAUAAACAUGUAAUUCACCAUGUCAACCUUACAAUAUAUACGUAUACAUUAUUUUAAGUAGAAUUUUAAGCAUUUUUUUGAGUAAGAAUUAAAGAUUUUGCAAGAAUUUGUCACUAAUUGUAAGCUUAAAUUUACAAGUGAUUGUCUUGUGUUGAAUUUACAAGUGAUUGUUUUAUGUUGAAUUUACAAGUGAUUGUCUUGUGUUGAGUUAGUUUGAUGUGCCUUCAACUUAACAUUGUGUUAUUGUUCAAACCAACAAUUUAGCUAAUUGAGAGGAUGGUGGUGGCUGGUGAUUGUUGAGGAUAGUGAUGAUUGUUGUGGUGAUUGUUGAUAGUGAUGAUUGUGGUUGUUGUGGUGAUCAUUGAGGAUAGUAAUGAUUGUGAUUGCUUUGAUAAUUGUUCUUGUGAUGAUUGUUGUUACUGAAUCAACUGAUCUGGUGGAUGACCUUCCAUAGUUCUGCUGUUAUGUCAAGAUUUGAUGAUUGAAGCAGUAGAAGUGAAUGAAGAGAAGAAGAAAUGAAAGAAUUAGAGAAUAAAUGAAGAAAGCAAAGAUGUUAAUAAAGAGGGAAUAAAUGAGGGGAUAAAUAAACAAAGGAAAGAAUAAAUGAAAGAAGUAAAGCAGUAGGUUAGCCACAGGAAACUUGACAUUAAAAAUGCCAUAAUUUCCAACCAUUAAAAUAUUAUCAUAAUCAUCAUAAUUAUUAUCAUUUCUCCAUUUUUUUAAUUGUUUCAAUAAAGUGUAAAGCCUAAUUAAGGAAGAGAUUGAUUAUUAUUAUUAUUAAUAAGAUUAUUAUUAUCAUCACUGGCAGGUAAUACAGUUGACUGGAUACAUAAUAAAGUAAUCAUUGUAAUCACUGGUAAAGUAAUAAUGUAAUUAUCAGUGACUUUCUCUGCUAAUGAGUUUUUUGUAAUGAUCAAUAAAAUAUUUAUAAAAAUUUAUGAA